CAUAGUACUGGAGCUGGUCUCCAACACUGACUGGGAUUUGCUUUUGGCUUGGAACGACCCUGCGGGCCGGCGGUGCAGUGGCCUCUCAGUGGGAUUUUUACGUGCUGAGUUCAUAUUUUUAUAUUUUUUGUAUAUCCUCCUUACCUGCUGCUGGAUGCGCAGGUUGAACCAGGGCAGGACUUCCUGAAGAGAUAUAAACCAGAGGAACCGGAUUCACUCUGUGGACUCAGAGGUCAUCCCACUGACCAACUGUGAGGCCGUGUACCAGCCAGCUGUCUCCAAGCGAGCAGACAACACCAUCCCCAGCGGGGUCAUGGAGGAGUCGGAAGUCUGUUCCCUGCCUGGGGGACUUGCCAGUGUGAGGAAACAAUUUGAGACCCAGGAAACUGCAACAUCACACAGUGUAACCCAGUUCCAUUUCCAUCACAGAACUGUGCAGGAAAUGUCCAACUCUGAGGUGACAGUGUCAAGCAGCAGCAGCAGCAGCAGCAGGCAGGUCGUCCCAGGCAGUCAGCAGCUAAACUUCAACCAAGAAACUAUGGUGUCAUACAGCGGCAACAACUUGGCAUCAUCUUUUGAAAAUCAUCAAAAUGAAACAGAAGAGGAGUUUCCCAGGUACACAACAAAAGAGCUGAGGGAUCGCUUUGAAAAAACAAUAGAAGAGGCUGCUCCACAGAAACCAAUGAGGAUUGGACGUGAUAUCAAUCGAUCUAAGUGGUCCUCAAACGUGACACAAAACAACACUGUGACUAGUGAGGUGUAUGAAGCAUCCGCCACUGAGGCAGCAGAAGACACAUCGGCUGAAGUGAUGGAUUAUGAGGACUUUCCGCCCCCACCAGCUGAGGAUUCUGACUAUCUUCCGCCCCCGCCUCCAGACUUACUAGAAAUGCCAUCAGACAAUGAAAAUAUUCCGAUGUGCCAUUACUCACCUGAGCCGCCAGAAUCGGCAAACCCCUCCAAAUACUCACUCAACAAAGAGGCUUACUUCAAGCAGAAGGGAAUGUCUGAGCUGAGGCGUCUUUACAGGCACAUUCAUCCUGAAGUUCGUAAGAACAUAGAGAAGGAAUACUACAUUGAUUACAACGAAACUGAGAGCAACCAAGUAGAGAACCAAAAGUACACGUAUGAGGAUGAAGCCGGUAGUCCCGAUGACAUCAACGAUGAAGAAUACAUGGAAUGGGAAGAGAUUCUUCCUGGGGAGGUGCAGGCAAUGCGAUGGAUGUUUGAAAAUAAGCCACUGGACUCCAUUAGAGACGAAACUCCAGAUGAGGAGGACGAAAACAACAAAAUAACUGAGCAAGAAAUUAUUCUUGGAAAAGAUGUGAGACGCACAGCUUGGAUGUUUGAGACCAAGCCGAUGGAUGAGCUGAGUUCACACAACAUCAACUCCACCGAUUAUAAAAACAAAUUUAACAAAUUUGAUAAAGGAGAUGUCCGCGCUGCAGCAUGGUUGUUUGAAACCCAAACGAUGGAUAGUCUAAAUAAAAUGCACAAGGAGGAGGAUUUGACUAAAGAGGUUGUCUUCACAGAGGAGGAUGGAAAUGCUACCAUUUACAUGAUUGACAAUAGGUACAUGGAAAGCCUCGGCCACACUGAGACCAUUGAUGAGAGCCACCUGUUGAGUCUGAGGUCAGUGUUAGAGGAAAUUCAGGGAGAAGUAAAAACUGUUACAAGCACUUUUGAUACUCAGUUCAAAUGCAUCAUAAUGGGACAGUCAAGCCAAAUGCUGGAGAUUAAGUCUGUGCGUAAAAUUGAAAGUGAACUAGAGAACUCCAUUGCUUCACGUUGGCUUUUCGACACCCAACCCCUGGACAUGACAAACAGAGAACCUACACCUUUGAAACUUGUGUGUAGUCUUUCCAUGGAGGACAGCAAUAAGGGAGACUGGGGCAGGUGGUUGUUUGAGAUAAAGACAUUAGAUUCUCUCGAUGAGUGGGAAAGCUCAAAAAUGGAGAAGAAAGAGAUUAUUGGAGCUGAUGUGCGCAAGCACUGCUUAGUGUUUGAAACCCAGCCAAUGGAUUCUCUGAAGGAUGACUCCAAUGCAAGACCCCAGUCUAUUGAAGAAAUUAUCGGGGGCAAUGUUAGAUCUGCGAGGCACUUUUUUGAGAGCAGCCCUCGAGCAGAGAGGAAAACUGGCCCUGAGGUCGGAAAACUUCAAAAGGCUGCAGUAAAUGAAGAAAUGAAAGGGGAUGUGAGGCACCAAAAGUGGCGCUUUGAGAGUCAACCUCUAGAGCAAAUAAGAGAGGAGAAGAAAGAGGUUACUCGCACUGUGAAUGUUGAGGAAGACCUCACACAGGAGGAUGGCACAAGCUGCAGGGCAGAUGUUCGCAGGAACUGCUGGGUAUUUGAGACGCAGCCAAUGGAUACUUUAAAAGAUGAUUCAAAUAGUCAGCCCAUGACAAAAGAGGACAUUAUUGCAGGUAACGUGAGAUCAGCCAGACAUUAUUUUGAAACCCAUCCAGCUGAGGAGUUGAAAGAGCUUGCAGAGGUGGGCAAGCUGAAAAAAACAGUAGCACUUAAUGAGGAGAGGGGUGAUGUUAGACAUCAGAAAUGGCGAUUUGAAAGCCAGCCCCUGGAGGAGAUCAGACAGGAAAGGAAGGAAGUCAUCCGAACUAUCGACCUGGAAGAAAUCGAUAGAGUUGAUGUCUCAAACUACAAGCAAAUGUUUGAAAGCACAGAUAUAAACUGCAGGGAUCAAUCUCAAAAGAUUCUCAUAGAGGGAGUAACAUCUGGGUCUGUGAAAUCAAAUAAAAACCUGUUUGAGUCUACUCCGCUGUAUGCGAUGCAAGACAGCUCGGGGCACUUCCACGAGGUGAGAACAGUGCGCCGUGAAGAGGUCAUGAAAGGUGAUGUAACAACAUGCAAGUGGAUGUUUGAAACGCGACCAAUUGAUCAGUUCGAUGAAAGCAUAGAUAAAUACCAAAUUAUCAAGGGCAUAUCCAAACAAGAAAUAGAGUCUGGUGAUGUGAAAACUGCAAAGUGGUUGUUUGAAACGCAGCCUCUUGAUGCUAUUAAGUACUUCAGCAAUAUUGAAGAUGAAGAGGUUGUGCGGACAACUAGCAAUGUUGACAUGAUGAAGGGUGAUGUGAAAACCUGCAAGUGGCUAUUUGAGACAAAGCCAAUGGACGUCCUCUAUGAAAAAACUGAGCUGAAGGGUGAAAAUGAAUCUGAAGAAAUGCAAAAGGGAGAUGUCAAAACCUGCACAUGGCUUUUUGAGACACAAGCACUGGAUACUAUCCACGAUGAGACAGAGACCAUUCUGAAAACAUGCACUGUCAAUCAAGAGGACAUUAGAGGAAAGGAUGUGAGAACGGCUUGUUUUCUCUUUGAGACAGAGAAACUGGAAAACCUCACUGGGGAGGAGGCAGGCUCCUUUAAACGGGUCACCGAGAUAGACAUUGCAUCUGGAGACGUGUCGGGGAUGAAGUACAUUUUUGAGAACCAAACCAAUGAUAUCAUGACUUCAACAUCUGAGGAAGUAAUGCAAAAGCUGAAGAGAGUUCAGGCUGAGGACAUACAAAAAGGAAACGUGGUGAACUGUAGGUGGCUCUUUGAAAACCAAUCAAUAGAUACAAUACAUGAUAGCCAAGAGGAAUCUACGAGCAGCCGCACAGUGAAUGAUGUACAAGGAGGAGAUGUAGAUAAGGGCCGUUUCAUUUUUGAGACCUACUCCUUAGAUGAAAUUCAGGAGACAGAUGCAGAGCUGAGGAGGAUGCAAAAAAUUGUCCGUGAUGAAGAUGAGAAGGGCGAUGUGAGAAAUUACACCAUGAUGUUUGAAAAUCAGCCCCUCUACGCCAUUCAGGACAGAGAGGGCCUUUACCACGAGGUCACCACUGUCACAAGCGAAGAAGUAACGCGAGGAGAUGUCGUUGGGACCCGGUGGAAGUUUGAAACCAAGCCCCUUGAUGCUAUCAGGGAUACAGAUGAGGUUUACAUCAUUAAAUCUGUCACGCAACAGGAUGUGCAAAAAGGAGACGUCACCUCUGCUAAGUGGAAAUUUGAGACACAGCCUCUCGACAGUAUUGCCGACGAAAAUAAGGUUUUCAUGAGAACUGUGGAUGAUAUUCAGGGUGGCAAUGUGAGAAUGAACAAAGAUCGCUUUGAGUCUGACGCCCUCUCGCAGGAAUCUGUAAGAACAGUUAAUGUGAGUGAAAUACAAAAAGGCGACGUGAGGACUGCAAAAUGGAGAUUUGAAACCCAGUCCACUGACAAAAUAAGAAGCAUGAGCUCUGAAAAUCUGAUUGAAACAGUUAAAAAAGAGGAGGUGUCAAAGGGAGAUGUUAAACAUUCAGUCUGGCUCUUUGAGAAAAAUCCUCUUGACCACAUUAAAGAGAUAGAUGAGGACGAAGGUAAAGCCAUUACCUCACAGGAGGAGAUUUUGAAAGCGGAUGUAAAGACAACAACGUGGCUCUUUGAAACAACACCAUUUGACGAGUUUAAUGAGACAAAAAUGGAGAAGACUGAAAUCCUUGGCAAGAGCGUCAAGGGAACUCUUGAGGAACUUUACAGUCAGAAAAUGGUGAAGUCACAGGGAAUACUCAUUGAAGCUGAUGAAAUAGGCGACGUUAGGAUGGCAAAAUACCAGCUAAUGAAUAAGCAGGCUCCGGAAAUUCAACGAGAGGAUGUCAUCAGGGGAGAUUUGCAGACUAUUAUGAUGAACCUCCUGAACAGACAGGAAAGACAGGAGAGACAGAUAGUUAUAGACUCAGAAGAGAAGGGUAAUAUCACUUCUACGGUGCAUCAGCUAUUCAACCAGGAGAGAGACAGCAGUGUUGAAAAGGAGGAAAUAUUACGAGGUGACAUUCAGGAAGCUAUAAACAAUCUUUUCAAUGAGAGCGGCUCAGCAAAACAUGGAAUACUCAUCCAGGAGGAUGAGAAAGGAGAUGUGCAGAUGACAUUAUAUUCCCUUCUCAAUAAACAAGAGGAUGUUAAUGUUGAAAAAGAGGAUAUUGUAAGAGGGGAUAUAAAGAGUGCUCUUCAAAAACUGUCCAGCUCAGACAACACAGAUCAGUCAGUGAAGAUAAGGGUAGAUGAGACCGAAAAAGGAAAUGUCAACUUUUACUCCACAUGUAUCGAAUCUGGGGCUCUCGACUAUCUUAAACAGCUCCAUGUAGAGCCUGAUGAGACUCUGUCUGACAGAGCAGAAAAAGAGAUGAUCGUGGGAGGUGACAUCAAGGGCACUAAGCUCAUCCUCAGCCGUAAUCAAACACAAAUUGAGCGCACAGUGGAGGAUGUUUUACCUGGUGAUGUUCACAACACAGUAAAAGUGUUCAUGUCACAGCCAACCCUCUCACUGGAAGGAGUCCAGAAGGAGGAGAUAGUCAAAGGCGAUUUAAGAGCUGCUUUGAGUUCAUUGUCUGAAUCAGCAAACCAGAGGGUUGUUGUAGAAAAAGAGGAAGUGGUGAAAGGCAACAUACCAAAAGCCCUGCGGUGCCUGGAGAAGGCUCAAAAGCGGUACAAGGAGGUGGAGAAGCCAGAUAUCAUACCGGGAAAUAUCAAAGGGGCUCUGAGGUCUCUUGAGAAAUCAUCGACAUCCAGAGUUGAAGCAGUUAUGGAGGAUUUAGUUCCUGGAGAUGUGAGGGCCACACUGAAAUCUCUGGAGCUGGCAAAGCAAGCGGUGAAGGAAGUUGAAAAAGAAGAAAUUGUGAGGGGCGAUAUUCGCACAGCGAUGCAAAGUCUGCACGAUGCCUCCAGCGAGAGGAGGACAGCUCCACAGGGAGUAGAUGUUCAGGGAGACGUCAGAGGAACGAUUCAGCUUUUAAUGGAGCCUCCGCCCUCACCGAGGAUGGAAAGGAGCCCAAGCCUGGAGCGUGACGUAAAGGGUGAUGUGAAGAUGUCAAUUAAGUCAUUAUAUGAGACGCAGGAGCAAUCCCAGCUGGAGAAAGAGGAAGUGAUAAAGGGCGAUGUUAAAGGCACUAUUAAAUCACUGAUGGAGACAGCACAGCGCCAAGCUCCCAAAGUCAGACUUGGAUCAUACAGGAGAGUUCGAGUCAAGCAGAGCCCUCCAGUUAAAAAUCUAAAGGCUGAUCCACAGAGGAACAUACAAAAGAUAAAAACUGCUAAUUCAGUUGAAACAUCCAAAGAAAAUCACUCCAUCUCUAAUAAUACUGAAAUUGUUAGAACAGAGUCAAGUUCUGUGGUGCAGUCUGCUCAGCAAUCAAAAACUGUGGUGGAGCAUAAAACAAUUACCCAACACCACGGCAUCAAAACAGUCAAGACAGAGUUUCGUAAUCUAAAGUCGAAGGGAAAGGGAAUGAUAAAACUAGACAAAACCAAAGUAAAGACUGAUGAUUACGUCCUAAAGCAGCAAGAGCCUGAGCUGCCUCUCCCACCUCCACCAGUGGCAGACACUGACCUUCCUCCUCCUCCUCCACCUCCCUCUGUUGAUUCUGACAUUGAUCACCUUCCGCCUCCACCACCACCACUCACCAGUGAGCAGGACUUCCUCCCACCUCCUCCAUCUCAACAAGAACUGGAGAGCAUGCCAGCACCGGCAAUUCAUCCUUCACCAGCCAAAGCAAAAAAGAUGACGGUCAAAAAAGUGAAAGCUCCCGUUCUACAUCCCGUCCCGAAGCUGGAGCCUAAAGUGGAAUUCAGUAAAACGCAACAGGUGGAGGUUACAUCGGAGAAAGUGGUAGAAAUUGGCCAUAACCAAUCACAAACAACAACACACUCAUCAAAAAUGAUUUCAUAUGAAAUCCCUCCACCACCUGAGUCACCAAAACCACUGAAGAAGGUUUACAUCUCUCCUGUGAAAUUCACCCCUCCUCCCUCCCCUCCACCUUCCAUUAGAGGAAAAAUGAGUAAAUUCAACACUCCAUUAAUACAAGCAGAAGGAAAGUUCCGGAAGCUGAGGGAGGACAACACCCCCCCAACUACUCCAACACCCACUUUCAUACAUGACUCAGUUACCGCCGCUCUUGAAAUGCUUUCCACCAGCAAUACUGAGCAGCCAAAUAAAAACACAUCAGCAAUCACAAAGGAGAGCGCUGAAAAGAUGGCAUUGAGUGUUCAUUCAGACUCAUCUAAGCAAGUCUCAGAUUCCACUCAGAGCAAUGCCAUUGCUAGCCAUAACAAAAUCCUCACUGAUUCAACAGUAAUAUCUGCCAAACAGCAAGUUGUCUCUAAUGAGACUUCUAAAGUUGUCUCCAUUCAAAAGACUUCAUCUGUCUCAGCUGUUAAACAACAGAUGCAUACACAGAAAACUGUUUCUGUUUCCUCCAAGCAGUCUGCUCAGUCUGUCAUCUCUGACAAAGUCCAGACGUCAACCACUGAUGUCGCAAAAACUGAAAACACUAAAGAAUCUAAAAAUCAGAAAACAAAGGCCCCCAACAAGUCUGAAGAUAAAAACAAAGAUGAAAUGCACCCUGAUGAAAUCCAUACAGAGGAGAAUGUUAAAUCAAGCAAAUCACAGCUGGAGAAAAUAGACAAAAACGUAAAAGAGUCCAGAUCACCACAGCGUGAUAACAAGAAGAAAACCGAUCAUUCUCCCACCAAGAACCAAGACAAGGUUUCCGAUCAGCAAAUGCAAGCAGAAAAGACGGCUACCAAUACAAAUGGAAAAGCUGGCAAAGUAAACCAAAAGGUGAAAAAGAACAACAAGCAAGAAAAGCAUGUAGAGACGAGAACAGCCAGUGAGAGUGAGAAACAGAGUGUUGCACAAGAAGGCUUUAAGGUGGAAGUGAAGAAAGCUACUGAGGUGAAAGUGAUCAGUGAAACGAAAGAAGUAAAGACAGAGUUAAAGCAGGGGAUUAAGAAAGUUACUUCCUCUCCUGCUGCUGCCUCCGCGCCUGCUGUUACUGUUAGCAUAACUGACAGCCAACCAGAAACUCCAGCUCCAGCAAAGAAGAAAAAGAAGUCCAAAAAAUCUAAAGGGGGUGCCCAACCAGGUCAAGGUAAAGAGAUUUCCACAGAAUCAAAGUCAGACAUUGUUGAAACCAAAACAGCAGCUCCUGGAAAAACAAACCAAGCUCAGGAAACAAUUGCAGUUUCCCAAAUUCAUAAAAAUAUAAAAGAAGAGCAGAUUCAAGUCAACAGAGAAGUCAUUACCACAGAAAGGAAAGACGAUCAGAAUUCCCAGCAACAAAAAGCAGUUCAAAAGCAAGCGAAGGGAUCUCAAAAGAAGAAAGGAGUGACAGAUAUUCAGCAGAGCGCAGAGGAACUAUCAGAAGAAAGAAGGGAUGUCCCAAUUACAGUGACAGGCGAGUCAGAACAAAAUGAACGGGUAAAGUCCACAGUGGGGAGAACAGAGGAAUCUCAGAGGCGAGAGGUCCAAGUGUUAAUCUCUCACAUCACAGAGAUACAAGGAGUUUCAGAGAAGGCUGAUUCUAAGUCUGUGAAGACUCUGCUCAAUACAGUUCCAGAUUGGCUCAUGAGUUCGGAAAGAAAAAGUGAACUGGAGGGAUCUGUGGUGGAAAGUGAUGCUCAAAAAAGUGAAGAAAUUCUUUCCUCUGUGAGGAAACUUGCAGAGGCAAAGCUAAUGCAUCUAGAGGAUAACGAGACACUGGAGAAGCACGAGAGUGAGCCUGUUUCUGAGAAAUCUGCUUCUGGUGGGGCAUCGCCAAGAAUAUCUAAGAUCAGUAUUGGUUCUGCUAAAGUUGAGAACCAAACAAAGAAAAAGAUGUCACAUGAAAGACAGAAAGAAGAAGCAAGUCAGAGCAAGUCUGUAGACCUUCGCGCUCCCUCGCCAUUACUGAAGAUGCGUUCUCCCUCACCGACGUUUAUCACCAUCGAAUCCACACGAAGAACUGACUCACCCCAAAGAGUUACUCCGUCGCCUACCCUUCUGCACAGGCCACCCACACCUCCUACACCACCGCCACGCAGGUGUGACACCCCAACAUCACGUCUCACUAGAAUCACACCCUCUCCGACUUUCGACAGAGCGGAAAAUUUGGCUCGGCUCAAAGACACAACAGCCAAACUGUCACGUGGCGUCACCCCACCACCGCUACUCCCCCAACAAAUCUCAGAGAGGAAAUCAGAGAUUGUGGAAUCACCUCCAUCAUUUCAUCGGCAAAUCAAAAUCGAGUCCCAACUGGUGGAGACUUCAGGGACGUCAACAGAAAAGCUCAAACAGAGUUUAUCCGGCGAGGCUCAGCGGGCCGGUGUAAUUCCUGCUCAUGUAGAAGAAGAUCAAGCUAAUAUUUCAGAGGGUUUGAAUGCAAAUGAAACACAAAGUAAAUCUGACUCCCACAUGCCAUUGUGUCAAAAUGACCCAGAUCUUAUUGAUGCUUCGGAUAUUUCAGAGCGAUCAUCUGCAUCUGUCAAGGAAAAGAGAGAGUUUUUCGAAGAGGCUCAAAAGGCUGAAAUUAAUAAGACCUAUGUGCGAAAGGAGCCCAUUGCUAUCCCUGAGCGACUGGGCCCAGAUAUGGAGGAGUGUGAGACAGAAAAUAAGAACAAAGAAAAGGAAGAGCUUCCCAGGGCAGACUUGUGUAGUCUUGUAAACAAAUUUGAAUCACCAGAAGAGAAAGUAUAUAUCAGAAAGGAGCUAAUCCCACUCACAGAGUGGCUUAACAAUAAAGCUGAAAGCACAGAUUGUGACAAAAAGAAGGCAGACAUCCUGGAACAGGAAAUGCCAACUUUUGACAUCCAGGCUAUUAAAAAUGUUUUUGAACUGGAUGAGCAAAGUUUCUCAUUCACAGAGGAGAAAAAGGAUCAGGAGGAGACUGUGUCAAGCCUGAGUGAAACAACAGCAGACACUUCAAAGCGGGAAAGUCCUCAAGAGACAAAGAGAGGCUCACGGCAGAGCACCCCCCUCCCUCUCCAGAAAAAUGAGGUAGAAACUGUGCCAGCAGAACCAUCAGGCUUCUCUGAAACCAAAUCAAUCACAGAACAUUUCUCAAAUGUUGACGAGUUUGGUAACAAGGUCACCGGAACAAGGACAGCUGUCACUGAGCACUCUGAGAGUUCGUCAAUCCAACGGGUUCCUUUCUCCUACGCUGAUGCAGUCAAAAGAAAAACUGCAGCAGGGAAGCAAACAGAAACCUACGAUGACGAUGCUGAGAAGUUGCUGAGUAAUUUUCAUAAAACAUGGACAGAGAGUGAAUCCGUUUUCAAAAGCCUGGGCUACACCAUAUCUGAGGAGACGACAUCACAAGUCAUGUCACAUCAGACGAUUGUCUCAACUGGUUCGAGUUCCGAAGUCGGAGCUCUGCGCAGUAUGUCGGAGGAGAGCUUAUCCGAUGGAUGCACUGAUAGUGGACAAAAAAAAGUACCAUAAAUCCUGUUUCUACUGUGAGCACUGCAGAAAUAAAUUGAGCCUAGGAAAUUACGUCUCUCUCCAUGGACACUUCUACUGUCUACACCAUUACAAACAACUCCUCAAGUCCAAAGGGAGCUACGAUAAUGGACUUGGGCAGAAACCCACAGGAAGUGGUGGACCUAUCCCCUCAGAUGAGAAACUUGAAUGGAGAUAUUCUAUGAGCAGCAUAAGUUCAGUUGACAAAACGCACGGCGGUGAAAGCGAAACGACAAAAACGUGCAAUGAAAUCAAACCGCACUGCAACAAAAUAUCUGUAGUUUGGCCCCCACAGGCCGAUCCCCCGAAGAAAGCCUUUAAAAUAGAAGAAGACAUUCAGCUCACUAAACCGCAGUGGCCCCCUCCUGACAACUCCCCCAAGUCUCCCAAACAACAACACAGAAAGGCUGUUCCCAGAAGUGUCCUUUGAAAUAAAAUCACCCAACUACACUGUUUAGUCAAAUAAACCCAAAGAAGAAGCACAAGAGAAUGAAUGGUACAAUAACAUGCUAUGAAAGAACUGUCCUGGUGGUACAAUUAAGGAUGUGUUUGGUUGAAGGUCGUGCAGCAAUGUGAUUUAGAAAAGGAACAUGAAAAGUGAAGAUGUGAAAGGAAUCUGUACAUACUUGUAAAUGGGGCGUGAAUAGAAAAGCAGGUUGUAAGUGGAAUAGUAAGUGCUAGAGAGAUAGAUGUGAAGAAAGUGUGGAACGUAGACACGAAGCAGUGUGAAAGAACAGGCUUAUCUCGUGUAAUUUUUCAUUCGUUGUAUUUUAUCUUUAUCUGAUGUAACAUUUAGUAUUCGACACAACAGGAUCGAAUCAGCUUUAACUGCUGUAACAAUUGCCUUGUACUUAGACGAGUUGAACUGGCGAGAAACAGCAUCAGGGCAGAUUUAACAAAAUGAGUUUUGAUGUUGAUUUCAAUCUACAUUUCUGGGCAGAUUUAAGUCAGAGAUUUAGUCACUUUUAAAUCAGCUGAAUGUCUAAACCUUACAAUUCCCAAUGCUCUUGAAAGUAGCUCAGUAAAAAAAUCCAUGAGAGACAUUUUCCAAUAUAAUUCGGCCCAGUUUCUUUUUUCCAAUCUUUUGUUUCAUUCUUAAAAUAAUUGGUUUAUUGUACAAUUCAUUUCAUUCUAUUGCUUCUGUAUUUAUGGAAAUAGACUCAGUCUGUGUUCACUCUGUUGUAUCAUUCUGUCAGCUCUUUUAUUUUUCAACAUAUCAACAUUUUUGCAUUUGCCUCUUUUUUUAGCACCUGGUGUGCCGACUACGAAAAGCAUCUUGGAAUUAUUUUAUUUAUAAUAUUGAAAGUAUAUAAUAUAAACAAGUGAAUUGGUGAUAAUCAUGUUUGUUUUGGACAUUUGUAUCCUAUUUUGAACGACAAAUAUUUUGCAAUGGAGAAUUUUAUUUUUUAGAUUAGACGGUUAUGCCUUGCUUUGUACAAGAAAAUUCCUGAUUCUGUCAUGCUGUCAGGCUGGUUCACUAACUUUAUUGCUGAUCUAAGGGCAAUAAAAUAUUGAAUUUAAUUGUUC